AUGGUAUCAGAUAAUCAAUCUGGUUUUGUCAAGGGUAGGAGCAUAUCUGAGAAUAUAAUUUUAGCUCAAGAAAUUAUCCAUGGCAUGAAAUUACCCAAAGAAGGAAGUAAUGUGGUUAUCAAGCUUGAUAUGGUUAAAGCUUAUGACAGAGUUUCUUGGGCAUAUAUUUGUAUAGUUUUAAGGAAAAUGGGCUUCAGUGAAGUGUUUAUAGACAGAAUUUGGAGGAUUAUGAGCAAUAGUUGGUAUUCUGUGGUUAUCAAUGGUAAGAGACAUGGAUUUUUUCAGUCUAAGAAAGGACUAAUGCAAGGAGAUCCCUUGUCUCCAGCACUAUUUAUUUUAGGGGCUGAAGUUCUUUCAAGGCAACUUAAUCUUCUUUACCAAAAUCAAAUGUAUAGAGGUUUUCAUAUGGAAAGAAAUGGACCUCAAAUAAAUCAUCUUAUCUUUGCAGAUGACAUAAUUAUUUUUACUUCCACUGAGAAUAAUUCUCUUCACCUGAUAAUGAAGACUAUUGAAGAGUAUGAAGGGGUAUCUGGUCAGCAAGUGAAUAAAGAAAAGAGUUUCUUUAUGGUGACUUCCAACACUAAUCAUGUUAUUAUUGAUAAUAUUGAAAGAGCUACUGUUCAUACUCUAGCAGCUAUUUCUCCUCCUAAGACUACUCUAAAAUGUAUUAAGAAGGUUAUUGCUGAUUUCUUUUGGGGUACUGAUAAGGAGAGGAAUAAAUAUCAUUGGUCUUCUUGGGAAAAUCUUGCUUAUCCCUUUAAUGAAGGAGGCAUUGGUGUAAGCUUUUGGUGGGAUAAUUGGUUAGAAAAUGACUCUCUAGCCAGUCACUGUGAUCAUAUUUUUAGCUUAAAUAACAGUAGAUUAGCUGAUUUUUGGAUAGAUGGUAAAUGGAAUGAGAGUUUGAUUAGACAGCAUGUUCCUCCUUUAUUUAUUCCUAAUAUUCUUCAGACUGUAUUCAAAUAUAAUGAAGGAAAAGAAGACACUGCCAUAUGGUUACCAGAUGAAACUGGUAAAUUCACUGUUUCUUCAGCUUGGGAGGUUAUUAGAAAGAAAAGAAGUCAUGAUCCUAUUAAUAAUAUUAUUUGGCAUAAACACAUUCCAUUUAAAAUAUCUUUCUUUAUUUGGAGAGCUGUAAAGGGCAAAUUACCUACUAAUGAGACAUUGCAGAGUUUGGGUAGGGAUAUAGUUGAUUGUUACUGUUGUUAUAACAAAGGCAAGGAUGAUAUAAAUCAUAUAUUGCUUACUAGCAACUUUGCUAAUUAUAUAUGGAAAAAGCAUGCAUCUUCAGUUGGAGCAGUUCAUGUUAAUACAAAUAUGAGAAGCCAGCUAUUAUAUUGGAGGAAUCUGCAAACAAACAAUGAG